AUGGUUUCAGCUCCUGAAUUGAAAAAGUAUAUGGAUAAAACAGUUAGUAUACAAUUGAAUGGGUCAAGAAAAAUAGUUGGGAUACUAAGAGGAUAUGAUGUAUUUUUGAAUUUGACAGUUGACGAGGGAGUGGAAAUUGGUGGAUAUAAGAAUAAGGAAGAGAGCAAGAUUCAGAUUGGAACAGCGAUUGUUCGGGGAAAUUCUAUUGUAUCUAUCGAGGUUUUAGACAAGAUAUAA